AUGUCCAACAGCACCAAACCACGUGUUGACGACGAGGACGACGUCGAUGAUCUCGACGCAGAUGUCCUGGAUCAAUUUACUCCCACCAAGGCCCCCACGUCUAGUUUGACCCAACCAUCGCCUGCUGUGAAUGGACCGUCAUCGUCUCGGGCAUCGAAACAAAAACCGCCUUCGUCAGAUGCUGAACUUGGAGCUGAUUUUGCAAAAGAACUUGCUGAGGAAAUGGAGUCACUUUGGCGCGGCAUUGCACAGCAGGGGGCGAAUGAAGGAGUAAACAACGAAGACGAAACUUCAGAACAACAAGAAGAGAGGGAGCGUGCCCUCGCAGCGGCUUGGGAAGCCAUGUUGAUAGAAGGGAUGGAUGGCUCGAUCGACCCAUCCCUCACACAGGGAGCACCUAUUACCCCAAAAACUGCAGAAAAGGACGAUUUCCAAUCACGCAUUCGGAACACUAUGAACAAACUAAAGGAGAGCGAGUCAGGUUUGAAGUCGUCAGAUGCGAGCAGUUCUGCUACUAGUACUGACCCACUCGAGGCGCUUUUAUCUCAAUUCGGAGGCGAGGAUGAGGAUGAGAUGCAGGGUGUUCUGGAAGCUAUGAUGGGCCAGCUCAUGGGAAAGGAUGUCCUCUAUGAGCCGUUGAAAGAACUCUCGGACAAGUUCCCGGACUACCUCAAGACCCAUGCAACUACGUUAUCGUCCGACGAUAAGAAACGCUACGAUGCGCAGAUUAUCUGCAUGAAGCAACUCCUUGAAAUUUUUGAAUCGGAAGGUUACACUGACGACGAUGACAAGACGAGAACCACAAUCGUCGACCUCAUGGGCGAGCUUCAAACACACGGGUCUCCUCCCGAGGAAAUCAUGGGCCCAUUGCCCCCCGGAUUGAGCAUGGGCGCUGAUGGUAUGCCCAAUAUGCCAGAUAACUGUGUCAUCAGUUGA